UAGCUUCUCGCGAGAAUGAAGGGAGGCGGCCACCACGGAGAUGGAGCCGCCGCAGCGCGUGCCUACCGGGCUCCCUGCGAUACUGGCGCAGACAGACUGGUCUGAACCAUGGCUAUUGGGACUUGCCGUUUUCCACAUCCUCUGCUUCCUGAUCACUUGCUUUUCAUUCCAGCGCUACCACCUGCAGAUAGGGCAUUUUCUCUGCAUGGUGGCCUUGGUGUAUUGUGCUGAAUAUAUCAAUGAACUGGCUGCUAUGAAUUGGAGGUUAUUUUCUAAAUACCAAUAUUUCGAUUCAAGAGGGAUGUUUAUUUCCCUAGUAUUUUCAGCUCCAUUGCUGUUGAAUGCUAUAAUAAUAGUGAUUACCUGGGUUUAUAAAACACUGAAUGUAAUGACUGAAUUGAAGACGCUACAGAAAAAAAGAAGAGCAGAAAAAGAAAAGAAAAACUGAGACGUGAUGGUCAAGAUGGGUUCUGAAAAAUAUUUGGCAGUCAUGGUGGAUAAUCAGCCGAACAUGAGUGCCCACUGCAACACUGGCCAAAAGGACUAUUGCACUCCUGGAGAAUCUCAAAUUCUGAUCUUGCAAGCUGAUCAAUGGGGACAGUUCUCUGCAUCUUUGUGGAGCUGAACCAAAAUCAGUGAAGCUCGUGCAGGCCCAAGAGUCCACCCACACAGAUCACCUUAUAAGGGCUGGACCCUUCAGCAUCAGGGACAUGUCUGGCUUUGUCUUGUACAGCAAGACAACAAUGUUGGAGCAUAAUAAAUAACAUACUGCAAUACUUAACAGAAUAACACGUAUGCCAAUGCGCAAUCUUUAAGUAAAAAUGACAGUUUUAGCAUUGAGGAAGUUGGACAUCACCAUAAUGCUACAAUAAUUUGCAUACUUUUAAGUGGAUAGAAGCUGGAUGUUGUCUUUGUUAAAAAUCAAUGAAUACAAAAGCACAGUGGCUUUUUUUCCCAAAGUGUGGAUGAUAUGUGCACAUUCAGAGAGAAUAGGUGCCAAAUCAAUAAAGUAGGUAUUUUUUUAAAAUUGGAGUCUUAGCUUUGUUCAGCUCCAGGAAACACUAAAAAUACACUUUAGAAUGCGAAGUAUAAUUGAAGCAGCACAUGGUUUUAAGCCUUCUCUGUUAAAAGGUCUCUUAAAGAUAAAUAGCAAUACAUUUAAGAAAAAUAAUUUAGUUGUAUAAAUUAAUGACUGCAAACUGAGCCAAAUGUGAUUUCCAAAUGAAGUAAAAUGUAAAUAACAAAAGUAUUCCUGCAUUUUUUUUCCCCCAUGGGAUUAUCAAGCCUUACUUAUGUUGAUUACUUUUCCUUUAGAUAACCUUUUUGUGUAACAUUAUGAAGGAAAUUUUAAGUUUUAGAGUGAGGGAAAUACAUACAAGAACAAUAAAAAAUGUUGUUUCAUUUUUUUUUAUAAUUUGAAAAAGUGUUUUUAACCAUAAGAGCAUCUCUCAGAGAAUUAAAUGGAAAGUGACGAUUGUGUUGGUUAUAAUAGGAAUGGAUUUAUGAAGUGAUAGAACAAUAAAUGUAACCUAAAAGCC